CACACACACACUCCCCCAGCUCUGAGUGCUGAGUGCUGAGUGUAGAAAGGAGGAGAAAGGAGUGUGUGUGAAUCGGACUCUGAGGUGACCUCAAAACGUCCAGGUGGAACUGCAGACACACACAGCUCCUUUUGACUCACUGAACCUCAUCAUGUCACGAUUCAGCACACUUUCAGCUCAGGAGAGAAAGAAGCAAGCGGCGGCCAUUUGCAGUGAAAUCCACGGCACCACCAACGGGGAUACGAUGGAUCUGGGCAAAAAGCUCUCUGUCCCUAAAGACAUCAUGCUGGAGGAGCUCUCUCUCCUCUCCAACCGAGGCUCACGCCUCUUCAAAAUGCGGCAGCGCAGGUCCGAGAAAUACACCUUCGAAAGCAUUCAGAACGAAGCCAACACCAUCUUAAAUAGUGAAGACCAGACUGGUGCUGAAAAUGCAGAAAACAAAACUCCAAACACUCCAGAUGCCAGAAACCCACCGAACCCUGAGGAGAUCGCACCGGGUUACGGAGGUCCACUGAAGGAUGUUCCCUCGGAGAGGUUUAACGCUACGGCUCUGCCCAAAUCCUACCACUCGCCCUGGGAGCAGGCCAUCAUCAACGACCCGGCUCUGGCCGACACGCUGCAGCUCCACAUGCCCGCUCCGGAACCCAGAGCCCAGAUGCCAGACUACAAGAGCUUUAACAGGGUGGCCACACCGUAUGGAGGGUUUGAAAAAGCUCCUCGAGGAAUCACCUUCAAGGUUCCGGAGAUCGACCUGAACCCGCCGAGGUACUCGGAGCUGCAGGACCCCACGGCCAAGCGGCCCACCUUCAACCGCACGGCUCAGGGCUGGAUCUCCGACGGAGUUCCUCUCAUUUUACCCACGAUCCCCAUGGAGCCGCCGGAGAUCCCCGAGUCUGACGACCUGUAA